GCGCUCCCGUGUAGAGGUGACAUCACCAGAAAGGUGGGUCGCCCUUUUAAGAUGGGCUGUGGCCUGUUGCCUCUUUAAGAGAAGGCUGUCCCCUGAACAGAGGAAGUGAUUGAAUGUAACAGAGAGGGAAGAAAGAGAGGAAUAUAGCGAAAGGAGAGCCAGAGAAAGACAGACAAAAGUAAGAAGGGAGGCAGUGAAAGAGGAGUAAGAGAAGAGAGACAGGUUAGGGCAGGGAGUUGGGGAGCAGCAGGACAAGGGGAGCAGUGGCAUAGAGUUGAGCCGGGCACCUCUGAGGCCAAGCAUGCUGGAGUAGCAGGGAAUUCACAGGAAGGGUGGGGUGAGGAAGAGGGUUAUAGGAGAGGUAUUGGGAAAGACAAGAUUAAGGGGAAUUGCUGGAGGUGAGGGGCACAUUCCUUCCUGCAGGAGGCUCAGACUCUCGUCGCAGCAUGAGUGAGACACCGCUGGUCACAGCUCGUGCCAAUGUCAUGGUCUAUGAUGAUUCCACUAAGAAAUGGGUGGCAGCUGGAACUGGUGCCCAAGGACCCAGUCGUGUCCAGAUCUUUUACAACCCUACAACGCAAACAUACCGUGUGGUGGGGAGGAAGAUGCAAGAUCAACAGGUUGUAAUAAACUGCCCACUAGUGAAAGGUCUAAAGUACAAUCAAGCCACACCAAACUUCCACCAAUGGAGGGACAGCCGUCAGGUGUGGGGUCUGAACUUUGCCAGUAAAGAAGAAGCAGGGCAGUUUGCUGUAGGAAUCACACAGGCCCUGGAUGCAUUGGAGACCGGUUCCAGUACAUGGAUUCCUCAAAAUGGCCCCAAAGUUGAAGAGCCAGAGCAGCCCAGAAGGAUUCAACAGGAAAUUGAGCAGAGGAUUCAGAGCCCAGUUGCCCCAGUCAUCCCAACUCCAACUCCUGCUCCUGCUGCUCCUCCUGCUCCUCCUGCACCACCUGGCCCACCUCCUCCCCCAGGACCACCCCCACCACCAGGGGGACCACCUGCUCCUCCAGCUCCCCCUGGAGGUGGUCCUCCACCCUCUGGAGGAGGUCCCCCACCCCCGCCGCCACUUCCAUCUGGGGGUGGAGGAGGCUCAGGUGGAGUUUCUGGGGGGCUAGCAGCAGCCCUUGCUACAGCAAAAUUGAGGAAAAUGGCAAAGGAUGAUGCAGGGGGUGGAUCCUCCCCAGUUGGUGGAGCACCUGCCAAGCCAGACAUAAGUCGCACAAGUGGUGGGGCGGCAACAGGAGGGGGUGGUGGAGGAGGAGGAUUUAUGGAAGAGAUGAAUGCAAAACUGGCUCGCAGGAAGAAGAUAACACAGCAAGGGGAGCGCCCACCACCCACCACAACCCAAGAUGAUAAUGACAUUCAGGGAGGACGAGGCCAAAGUGACAUCAGCCGCCGCCCCUGGGACCGAGGAAGCACCACGUUACCAAGGAUGAAAUCCACAGUUGGAAGUACUGAGGUGGCCCCAAGUACGGAGGACUCUGACCCAAUGGAAAGAAUCAAGCAGGAAUUGCUGGAAGAGAUGAGGAGAGAGCUGCAGAAAGUGAAGGAAGAGAUUAUUGAAGCAUUCACACAGGAGCUGCGGAGAAGGGGUACACCUUGAAUCAAGCCUUACCUUUUAAGAUGACUCAGGCUCCACCAAUAGUGCUCUACUGAGGGACCAGCAAUCCUUCUGCAGGGUCCCGUGUAUGAGGGAAAUAUGCAUUCUCUUGCACACAAAUUAUCUUGUGCUGAUGUCUUACUCCUCUGGGCAUGCCUACCUGUACUUAAUUGUACAAAAUCCUGCACUAAUCACUGCUGUAUUCAUACAUUACUGUACUAAUCAAGCUCUGUAAACAAAUGCUGUACUAAUGAGAUGCUGCACACAUUCCACAACUAAUUACUGCUAUCUACACACAGUAUCCUGUUUUAAUCACUUGCUAGCCACACUGCAACCGGUACUCAUAGCUGCACUCCACAUGGACAUAUGCACAUUCAUUUUCUCUGCCCAUUUCUUCUCUUUGCACACUCUGCUGUGCGGCUCUAAACGGGUUAGCAGAGGCUAUAUGCUUCGACCAAUAGGACUUUUUUUUUCUUCUUUUUUUUAAAUUUAUGGGAUAAUUUACGGGUUUUUUUAAAAAAAAUAAAUCAUUUCAAAACGUUUUGUAUAAUAUGUAUGUUGUAGCAGAGAUAGUGCCAUUCAAAGUGAUCUGUUGGUAUACAAAUGGUGGUGGGUAUAGGGUUAUUCAUAGUGUUAGAAUACUAGGGUCUCACACUGGAUAGGGGAAUCAGUCAGUCUGGGGUGCCCAUAACUGCCCUAUAUUUUGCUACUUAAUGCACAUGUAGCAGAGGGGUAAUUGAGGGGAUAAGUGCUUUGGAGUAUAUAAUAACCUUAAUAUAUAUAUAUGUGAACUUUUUUUGUAUCCAGUUUUCUAGAAAUAAACCUUGGCCUAUCAUG